CCCCUGGCCUUAACGGAAGAUGUUGUUCUAUCCUGUGCUAUGAGCUGAGGAAAGGCACGUUAAACCCCGCCCAGCGAACUCUGACUAUGGCUUCUCGGGUACUAGGUUCCUCACAUGCGGCUUCCAUUGCCAACACGCGUCGACCCUCUGGCGGAGCCAGGGCGGCGGCUCUAGCGGUCUUGCUCUCCUUGUUCCUGCCCCUCAUCGAUGGAUAACGUAGAGACCCCGCGCUCGCCGUCUGUGCAGUCCUUUGCCAGUGCUGACACCGUCUCCGUCGCUUUCACCUCGACGCCUGGAUCUCCGACCAUGUCGUCUGCUUCCGAUACUGCUGCGACUCGUGCAAUGCACGAGGCGAACUCUGUCCCCGCACAGGCCCAUCCAUUCUACCUGCAGGAUGGGAACACGAAGCUCAAGCUUGACGAUGACACGUUUUACAACGUACAUCGCUACUUCUUCGAACGCCACGCGCCUCGGUUUGCAGAGCUGUACCUCCGUGAUGGUCAGCCGGACAUCAUCGAAAUCCAUGACGUCUCAAGCAUCGACUUCCAGCGCUUCCUGUCCAUUAUAUACCCCAACGAACUCGGCGUAUGCGACAUCCACACCGUUGAAGAAUGGACUUCCGUCCUUCGACUCGCCUCUGCGUGGUCCGUGGCCAGUCUUCGCCAGGUCGCUAUCCGCGAGAUCGAACCGAAGGCCACGCCCGUCGACAAAAUCGUCCUCGCACGCAAGUUCGGGCUCGGCGAGACCUGGCUCCUCCCCGCCUUCGUCGCUCUCUGCAGGUCUUCGGAACCGCUUGAGUACGAGGACGCAGAGCGACUUGGCCUUCGCUCUGUCCUCGAGAUUGUGCGCAUCAACAGGGAGGUGUCGCGCUCCGGCGAGUCCUACGAUGUGGAGGCAGCCGUGCGCGCCAGCGCCGUCUUCCUCUCGCCCGGCACGGAUGUCAUGGAACCGCGCGUUGCCGUCUCUGAGCCGUCUAUUCACAGCCCAUCUUUGUCCCCGUCUUCUACGCCAGUCGUGGAGCACGGUCCGCGCCUGCCACUCAUCGACACUCGUGAAAUCACGUCAAGACGCACAGGUCAGCUCGAUACAAGUGACGACUUGUCCUAUAUGGCUCUGUUGGCAUCCGAGCGUGCGGAGGAAGAAGCACUCAAGUCGUCGACUCGCUCUUCUUGCUAUUUCUCAUAUGAUUAUGCCCUGGGCUUAUUGAGAAUUGCUUAUCGUCUCAUCUCCGAGACGUCCAUAGCUGCAGUCCGUCAUCGGGGAUGGCGCGAACUCUGCUUGAGGCGAAAUGGCUAUACUCUAGGCGGACCAGUGACGGCUGAUCGGACAGAGGCGGACGUUAGCUGGGAGGUACGCCCCUCGAACCAAGAUAAUGCUCUAUCUAGCAUCUGCCGGCGCAUUGUACAAUACAUCUGUGAUCGACUUUCUUGGGCGAUGGCAAGUCGCUGGGAGGACGGACACGAACUUUGGAAUACACUUACCGUCCAAGUCCCCCAAGCUUCGAGCCAGUACACUGUGGCAAGUUGUGUUCUUGACGUCAAGGUCCUAUUGAAGAGGGAAGGUAUUCCAUUCGCCCAAGACGCCGGGCAUGCGGACUGCGUACGCGUCGUCAUCCCGAGCCCAUCUCGGGAUUGGUUUAUUCCUGACGACCUCUGAGAAAAUUACAUAUUAUAUGGUGUCGGCGAAUGAUUGCUGACAGCACGUCUUCAUAGUAUUCCUCCUGCGCGAGACUACCUAGUUGAUUGUAUACAAAACCUAAAGCUCUACAGUCCGAGUACACGAUGGGAUGUAUGUUUUGUGUGUAGCUCGAGCUUCAAACAAUGUAUUUAGAAGGCCGGCCAUAAACUUCUCGUUCUUCGUGCGGCUGGCAUUGAACC